AUGCCACAGCAGUCGCACUUGAGCAAGCACACGCCUCGUCGCCGCAAUAUGAUGGACCUUUUUGAGACCAACGCGUACCUCUUCAACGAUUUGCGCUACUUGGACGACGGCGACCAUGGCGCGCUGCACCACCUGGACAUGACGGCGGUGUCGCCGCUCUACCACGCCGCCGCAGACGACGACGACAGCCCGUCGUCGCCGGGCCGGGACCGGGCGGCGUCCGAGACGGGCGAGGACAGCAGCGGCGAGGAGCACGUCCUGGCGCCGCCCGGCCUGCGGUCCCACUGCGAGGGCCAGUGCCUCAUGUGGGCCUGCAAGGUGUGCAAGAGGAAGUCGGCGCCCACUGACCGCCGCAAGGCCGCCACGCUCCGCGAGCGCCGCCGCCUCAAGAAGAUCAACGAGGCUUUUGACGCACUCAAGAAGAAGACGGUGGCCAACCCCAACCAGAGGCUGCCCAAAGUGGAGAUCUUGCGGAGCGCCAUCAGCUACAUCGAGAGGCUGCAGGAGCUGUUGCACACCUUGGACGAGCAGGAUCGCUCCAUUAAACAAGACACUGCGAGUGCAUCGGGAAACCCUUGGAAGAAGACCUGCGAGACCUGGACCAACACGGCCGACCAUUCCAGUGUCGGAUCGGUGAACCAGCGGGAAGGCGAGUCGUCGGCGUCCUGCAGCCUCCUGCGUCUGUCGUCCAUCGUGGACAGCAUCAGCAGCGGCGGCAACACGGCAGCUACGGAAAAAUAA